GGUUCGAAAUACCAAAUGAUUCAAACUGCAGUAUCAAAUCUUUUGCAAUACCGAUUUCCUGGCUGCUUGAUUAGAAAGAUCAUUAUAAUUAUUAUUAUGGCGAGUCAUUCUUCAAUAAAAGAAGAAUAUGAAAAAAGAAAAUUAGCAGAAAAACAAGCACAUUCGAUUGUAGAAAAACUCAUCGAGGAAAAAGUUCAAAAAGAUCAGUUUUUGUCCUGGCUGAAGUUGAUCACCGGGCAACAUUAUACAGAUGCUGUAGAAGAACGUUCAUUAUCCGACUUAUGCGGUUAUUGUCUAUGCAAAAACAAGCUCAAAGAAAUUCCAACGCAGCAAUAUAAGAUAAACAAGAACAAAGUGUUUGAUAUAACUGAAAGAAAGAAGUUUUGUAGCAAUCGGUGUUACGCAAUAUCAUGCAAUAUACUAGAACAAAUAUCAUCAACCCCAUUAUGGCUAAGAAAUCAUGACCUAAUGCCAGAUAUCACAAUUCCAAAUAUUGAUAAUUCAACUGUGAAGUCAGCAGGAGGAAAAGAAAUACAUCUUACACAUAUUAUAUCAAAAAAAGAAGUUGAUUCUCUGGAUAGCAAAGAUACAGAAGAUGGCAGUGUUUUGGAUGUCAAAUCGAGUUCAAAUAUUCUGAAUCCUACAACUUAUACACAACACAAAGAGAGAAUAAAAUCGCCUCAUAAAUCACAAAAACUGGUGGAUGAAAAUCCAAAGAGAACUUUAAAUAUAGCGGAUGAAGUAUUUAACAUAUUACAGCAAUGGAUGACAGUGUCUACUCAGGAAUAUCUUGGUAUCAUUGAAGCAGCAAACCAGGGCGUAGCUGAUUCUACAGAAAUUUUAGAAAGAGAAAAUAAACUGCAGCAACAACUAGAUAAGCUUAUUUUGGGUGAAAGUUCUCAUGAAGAACCAUCCAAACCUGUCCCUGAUUACAAAAUAUUGAAAGAUGAAGUUGAUCAUUUUGAGGACAGAGUUUCAAGUUUUUAUAAAGGAUCAUUACAUGUAAAAGAAAGGCAACAUAAAAAAAUAAAACAGGAUAGCACUUCAGGAACGGAAGACAAAAUCGAUCCAGCUCUCCCAACUGUCGAUUCGAAAAAUCAAAAUAUAAUUCGUCAUAAAAUUGUUUUGGAACGUGUCAAGAGAAUAAUAGAUGACCUGACACCUCCACUACCCAAUGUGACGCAGGAAUGCCGACAGCUUCUUAAAACGUUCAGAUUCACGAAUACAAACGUAAUGUUGAGUGUGGAACUUUGGCCAGUGAUGACAUUCGCAAUUUUAAAUCUUUUAUCAAUCAAAAAUCAGCACUUACGAAAAUGUUUACAAUCGCCAACUAUUAUGAAACUGUCUGAAAUUUUGCUUAAGUCAUGUAACUUAACGCAAAUAUCAGUGGAGGAAAAAGUACAAACAAUUGCAAAAAAUAUGAAAUAAUUUUGCCUGGUA